AUGGACAGGCCUGCCCAUGUUCAGGAUCACUACAUCGGCAUAGAUGUCGGUACCGGCUCUGCCCGAGCCUGUAUCAUUGAUGAGACCGGUGACAUCAAGGCUUUGGCCUCGGAGAACAUUAAGCUCUGGCAGCCCGAGAACGGCUACUACGAACAAUCCACAACAGACAUCUGGAAAUGCAUCUGCGAAUGCGUCCGCCGCGUCGUGCAAGAGUCUCUUGUCAACCCCAGCCAAAUCAAGGGCAUUGGAUUUGACGCCACCUGCUCCCUGGCCGUCUUUUCCAACGAUACUGACGAGCCCAUUCCCGUCACUGGCCCCAAGUUCGACAAUGAUGGCAACGAUCGCAACGUCAUCCUGUGGCUUGACCACCGUCCAGUCGAGGAGACGGACAAGAUCAACGCUACCGGCCACAAGCUGCUCAAGUACGUUGGCGGCAAGAUGAGCAUCGAGAUGGAGAUCCCCAAGGUUCUGUGGCUCAAGAACAACAUGCCCCCGGAGCUGUUCGACCGCUGCAAGUUUUACGACCUGGCAGACGCUCUUACUCAUCUGGCUACCGGCAACGAGACGCGCAGCUUCUGCAGCACCGUCUGCAAGCAGGGCUUCGUCCCCGUUGGCGUAGACGGCAGUGUCAAGGGCUGGCAGCAAGACUUUUACCACGAAAUCGGCCUGGGCGACUUGGUCAAGGAUGAUUUCAAGCGCAUGGGCGGCGUCGACGGGGUGAGUGGAAAGUACGCCAGUGCUGGCGAGUGCGUGGGCACCCUUAGCCGCCUGGCUGCCUCCCAGCUUGGCCUGCCCGAGGGCAUCGCCGUCGGAAGCGGCGUCAUUGACGCCUACGCCGGAUGGAUCGGAACCGUCGGUGCCAAGGUUGAGCUGACCGAGGACGAGCUCAGGACUGAUGUCCCGCACAACGAUGUCAGCCAGGCCUUUACUCGCCUGGCCGCCGUCGCAGGCACCUCAACAUGCCAUCUGGCCAUGUCCAAGAACCCCGUCUUUGUCCCUGGUGUCUGGGGCCCAUACCGAGACGUGCUGAUUCCCGAGUUUUGGAUGGCCGAGGGUGGCCAGUCCGCGACAGGAGAGCUGCUGAGACACAUGCUGGACAUUCACCCCGCAUACAACGAAACCAUGGCUCUGGCCAAGGCCGAAGACAAGCACAUUUACGACUUCCUCAAUGCUCACCUCGAGUAUCUCGCUGAGAAGCACAAUGCUCCCGCCAUCUCGUAUCUCGGCCGUCACCACUUCUUUUAUGGCGAUCUGUGGGGCAACCGCUCACCAAUUGCAGACGCCAAGAUGAGAGGCUCCAUGAUUGGUCUUGACAGCGACAAGAGUACCGACAACAUGGCCCUGUGGUACUAUGCCACCAUGGAAUUCAUCGCCAUGCAGACUCGCCAGAUUGUCGAGCAGAUGAACAAGGCCGGCCACGAGAUUUCGUCCAUCUUCAUGUCCGGCUCGCAGUGCCAGAACCCCAUUCUGAUGAACCUCCUGGCCACCACAUGCAACAUGCCGGUGUUGAUUCCUAGAUACGUCAACGCGGCCGUCGUUCACGGUGCCGCCAUGCUGGGUGCCAAGGCGCAUAGCCACAACCGCAACGAUGGCUCAGAGCCCGAGACGCUGUGGAAUAUCAUGGAUCGCAUGAGCAAGCCCGGCCGACUGGUUCAGCCUGGCACCGAUGCCGGCGAGAAGCUGCUUCUGGAUGCCAAGUACGAAAUUUUCCUCGACAUGUGCAACGCGCAACAGGCGUACCGAAAGAAGAUUGAUAAUGCCGUUGCAAAGUGGGGAGCCUUGUUUGAUGCUGACGAUGAGUGA